AAUCGUAUUGUAUGUGUAUCUCUUUCCUUUGUAAACAGCACUGCUAUGUAGUGAUUCACAAUUCAUCCAAACAGCAUUCUACUCUGACUCUAUCUCAGAAACUCAAUGCAACUGGUGCAUGAAAUUUCAGUUGUCAAUUGCAUUCUGCACAAAGUUUAUCGUUGCCGUCAGCAGAACAAAUACUUUUCAUUUCCAAAUUCAUUCAUUAUUUAAAUCAAUUGAUAAUGCCAAUCGGUGGAUCACUAAGAUGGGUGCCAGCAUCAAAUGGACAGGUUCCUCAUGGAAGUGUUGAAGGCGGUAGAGAUCUUGAAGGUGAACCCUUAUUUGUGGGUCGUGCUCGUCAUGAAGGUGAUUUGAUUCCGGGAAAAUUGGUUCCGUCUCACAAAGUGACUUAUGUGGCUUACGGAGGUUUAGAACAUCCGCACAGAAAUUAUGAAGUUUUAGUUGGUUGUCGUCCACGCUGGGUUCAAGUUACGGGAAAUCGAAUUCCACCAAAUGCCAUUCAAGGUGGAAAAACGUCUGGCGGCGAACCAUUGUUCAUUGGUCGUGUGCAUCACAAAGGAACUCUUACAAUUGGGAAAAUUCAUCCGAGCCAUGACGUCUGUUAUAUUCCAUACGGUGGACAAGAACUUCCUUUUCGAACCUAUGAAGCUCUGUUGAACGAUGAACCUGCUCCGAAUCAAUCUUCAGGAUUAGAAAGAUUAGAAAGAUUGGAAAGAAGAGCAACAACAUCAAUAUCGCAACAACCACCACCAACGCGAUCAGCACCAACAGCAGCGCCGGUGUCGACAUCAGCUGCUCCAACACCGGUGGCAUCGGCACCUGUGGCAUCAGCACCUACCGCUCCAACAGGAACGGUGCCAUUGUGCGCUAUUUGCCAAGAGGAUCUGCUCUCUAGAUCACCAAGGACACUGCCUUGUAAUCACGCUCUCUGUUCUCCAUGCAUCUAUCAGUUGAUCGAAUUUGGGCAAUCAUGCCCAGUAUGCCGCCAAGGUAUACCAUCAAUUGAAGCUUGCAAACCAAUUUUCUUUCCAUAAACCUGUUUGAAUUUAAAAAAAAGUUAGGAAAUAAUGCUCUCUACGCAGAUUGUUUCAGACCACAAAGAUAUUUCUAUGUUGCCAUGAUAUAAUAUUUGUUAAGUUUAUUUGAGGCUGUGAGAAUGAAAAUGGCAAUACAGGAAUAAACAUUCGAAGCGCAUCAAGAAAAAAAAAAUCGCAAAAGUGAAUCAUGAGUUCUGAAUACGCAAAAGUGAAACAUGAACCUCCUAUGCCUGCUCCAAAAAAAAAGUUGCCCCUCAUCCAAAAGGCCCGGGCAGUUUCGAAAAAUAUACCUCAAAAAAAUAGGUUUUGUCUAAAAAAAAUCACAUGGGUACCAUAUAAAAACCCAUGGCAAGCCCCAUAUGAAAAUUUUCAUGACAGCGAUUUCGGAAGCCAAUUCAUAUCGCAACAUUUCGACCUAAAUCAUUUUUCCAGCCAAUUCUCGGCAAAAACUGAUGAUGAGGUUUUGUUUGGCUCGUCAAUAUGUACAACUUUUACCAAGACAUCAGCCCUUGAAAAGGCAUUCUGGGCCAGUUACAGUGUAAAAUGACGAAAAAAAUGGCAAUUGUUCGGCAUUUUUUGCAUUUUUUGCUCUACUGGUCACCCAGGUGGUAAACUUUUGUUCAAUUUUGGACUUGUGUCGUGUAACCAGGACCUGUACAAAACAUUUUUUACUUGUACGAUUGCGAUUUGGAAUCCGAACAAAAAUUUAUAUUUUCAUAGUAAAAUCCAUGAAAAACGUAUAUUUUGUUCGGGAGGUACCUCAAAAAGUCAAUUUUGAGAGUUUUUGUCUGGGUAGACUCCACAUAUUUUUGAGAAAAAAUAACAUUGCACCAAGACACCAUCCCUGAAAAGCCUAUACUUAAGGAUUUUUUGGUCAAAAGUCGAUUUUUUGGGAGUUGAAAUCGAAUAUGAGGCCAGAAACAUGUGAAAACAUCACUCGAUUUGGUCAUGUAAGUACCCAAAAUGUUCGUAAAGAACCAUACUAGAUGUUCAAUGGCAGAAAGGGUAGAAAUCUUUUGCUUUUACCUGUCAAACCGAAGCUCAUGUUUGUGAUUUGCUCAUUUUGGCCUGAAAUCAAUCGGCACUAAAUUCCAUCCAAAUUGCAAUCUAAGAAGUGCCAAAUUGUUCAUACGGCUGCUGGCUACAUGACACGAGUCGAAAACUGAACAAAAGUUUACCACCUGGGGGACCAGUAGAGCAAAAAAUGCCGAAAAAUUGCCAUUUUCCGGUCAUUUUACACUGUAACUGGCCCAGAAUGCCUUUUCAAGGGCUGAUGUCUUGGUAAAAGUUGUACAUAUUGACGAGCCAAACAAAACCUCAUGAAAAUUUUCAUAUGGGGCUUGCCAUGGGUACCCAUAUGAUUUUUUUAGACAAAACCUAUUUUUUGAGGUAUAUUUUUCGAAACUGCCCGGGCCUUUUGGAUGAGGGGCAACUUUUUUUUUUUGGAGCGGGCUACUGCCCAUGUAAAUUCAUGUUUCACUUUUGCAUAUUCAGAACUCAUGAUUCAUUUUUGCGAAUUUUUUUUCUUGAUGCGUUUCAGAAUGUUCAUUCCUGUAUUGUCAUUUUCAUUCUCACAGUCUCAUUUGAAUAAAGGAUUCCUUCAAUUAAAUAUAAAAUAAAAAGUUCCCAAAGAAAUCGGCCAAAUGUUAACAUCAAUGAAUUGGAAUGAGUCAGACGAAUAUAAAAUAUGUACAUAUGAAUGCGUGAUCGUAUUCAUGAUUUCUUGUGAAUUAGUUUUCUGAGAAUCAAUUUAUUCAAUUCUUUCCCAUGAGUAUACGAAUACUGAUUAUUUCGCUGAAACUAAGAUUUGGUUUAAUCACUGGCUGUGAUUCGCAACAAAAGUGAUAACACGAUUCGUCACAAUGUCAUGAGUUAUAUGCCCCAAUGCGAAAUAAAUUAGAUUAUAUGAAGACAAAAAGAAACAUUGCUCAUUAAUUCUGAAUGAAAUAAAUGCCAUGUCUCAAUCCGAUAGAUGUGUCAAUUUACUAACCUUUCAAAUGAACCGUUGCGACAAACAAAUUUCCUCAGAAUAUUUUAAUUUUAAAGUGCAACAUAAAAUUGUUUUCAUGUGGAGUUGUUGUUGUAAACUCUAUGAAAAAAUUUCAUGUUGAACUUUAAAAUUAAAAUAUUCUGGGGAAUUUUUUUUGUCGCAAUGGUUCAAAUGCCAGUCUUCCGUUUAAUCUCCAAAAAUUCAGCACGAAAAGAAAAAAUAACAACAAAUUUAUGAUAAAAUGUUUCUUAUAAUUUAUUUCCUUGUUCUGUUCUCUUUUUGUUCUAUUAAUUGAUUGCAUUCAUCGUAGUAAAUGUCAAUAGUUUUUCCAUUUUAAAUCAUAAAUUACGUUAUGGAUAAGGAUCUACACGAUUUUUUUUCCUUCUCUCUCUUAUUAUUUUUUUUAAAUCUUCUUCUUUUCCUUAACACGUAGCCGUUCAUAAUAAAUGUUAGUAAGAUAAUAAUACAAUAAUAAUAGCAAUAAAUUUAAAAUAUAGUAAAUCUUAGUUUCAGUGUCCAUCCACAAAAAAAGUUGUAUACGUAUGCUGUAUGUAGUUUCUUCAAUUGGAAUCGCUGACUCGAACGAAAACAAAGCAAAACCAAAUGAAAUAAAGAAUCCAAAAUGAAAAUAAUAAUAAUAAUAUAAUAAAUGUUUUGAUUGUGU